CCCUAUAUAUGAUCUCCCCUCAUUCGACUGCUCUGCCAAGCAAGUUUUAUCCAAACUCUGCAAACGCGCUAAAAGCAUGGAUUCAGCUCCUUCUACAUUCCUCCAAGAUUUCCUUGGAAACUUUCACUCCAGAAAAUUACUGCUAUACAAACCUCCUAGCCAACCAUCAGUUACAGCAGCUCCUCCGCCUUACUCUCAGAAUACCAACUUAGAUGAAAAUGUUUUCAUGAUACUAUCAGUCCUCUUGUGCGGCCUAAUUUGCUCAUUGGGAUUGAACUUCAUUGUCAGAUGUGCGUUUAGGAUCUCAGACAGGGCAGCUUCCGAGUCCAGUGACAACCCUUCAGCUGGAACAGUUAAUAGAGGAAUAGGGAAAGAAGCCCUGACGACUUUUCCUGUGGUAAAUUACUCAGCGGAGAUGAAACUGCCAGGGCUGGACACGGAAUGCGUCAUAUGCCUAUCCGAGUUUGUGCCUGGUGAGCGCCUGCGGUUACUACCCAAAUGCAACCAUGGAUUUCACGUUCGUUGUAUUGAUAAGUGGCUUAAAUCACAGUCAUCAUGCCCAAAAUGCAGGCAUUGUUUGAUUGAAACAUGCCAAAAAAUCAUUGGGUGUAAUCAAACUAGGUCAUCAGAAUCACGUCUUCCAGCUCAAGACAACGUUGUGAAUAUGCUGCCACUGGAACCUGAAGGUAUGGUACGUGAUUAUAGGGGAGUGAGAUGAGCGUGAUUCUUUUCUUUUGGCCAUUUGUGGAAGGCCCUCUAGCACUUUAAUGGUCUUAUGUUCCAUGUGGAAGCUCAAUUCGGAGUUUGAAAGGCACCAAACUGACAACAUUGAUGUUCUUGCUUAAAGCGUAGACAAGUUCAAUUUAUAAAGCAAACCAAACUCGCCAAGAAAAAAACCGGCUGCAGUGGACAUAAUUUAAGCUGAGAAUUACCGUCACGAUUUCGGGAGACAUAUCUGAAUUGCCGUCACAAUUAUCAGUUCCAUUAUGAAGAUGAUUUCAUUGAGGCAAUGGGGUGUAGUGUUAAUAAAUUUUAAAAUGCAAUGAAAGGAUCUUCCUCAGAUUCCCUUCAGCUGUUCUAGUGUAAUGAUCACCUGACUCUUUAAGAUAUUUUGUUGUCUCCUACUUGAAUGAUGAAGUGAUUCAAGUGGGACUAUGUUUUACUGCAGUCAAUCUUUUCCCCCGUCAAAAUUCCGUUAAGAAACACAUGGAUAAUUGAAAGU